UGGGGCAGCAGGUGCAGAGUGGGGGGCUCUUGCUCUUCCAGGGGCCGGUGACCUUCGAGGAGGUGGCUGUGUAUUUCACCAGGGGAGAGGGGGCUUUGCUGGACCCCGCUCAGAGGGCCCUCUACAGAGACGUCAUGCAGGAGAACUACGAGAAUGUGACCUCGCUGGGGUUUCCAGUUUCCAAACCUGAUGUGGUCUCCCAGCUGGAACAAGGGGAGGAGCCCUGGGUCCUGGAUCUCCAGGGCUCUGAGGAAAGAGGGAUCCUGAGAGGUGUCUGCAUAGGUACUGGGAUGGUGAGUGAGAAUGAGGCGCAGAAUCCUCAGCGGGAAGAUGGUGAUCAAGUGGACCCACAUGGGGGAUUAUCACAAAGAUCCAAAGGGAAUGUGUCCAGGCAUCGUGCGCAGGGAAAAGCCCGUGAGUGCGAGCACAGGCCAGAGAGGGAGCAGAGAAACCAGCCCAGAGAGAAAGAGGGUAAAUCCAUUUAUUGUCCAGGAACUCACAAGGACCUCAAGCAAAUCACAGCCCAGCAGAUAAAACCUACAGGAGAGAGAAGAAACACAUACACUGAGUGUGGGAAAAACUUCACUCUGAACUCCACCCUCAUUACACAUCAGCUGAUCCACAUGGGAAAGAGCCUCUACAAAUGCUGUGAGUGUGGGAAACAGUUCAGUGUGAAAUCAACCCUAAUUAAACAUCAGACAAGCCACACAAGAGAAAGAUCCUAUCAGUGUUAUGAGUGCAUGAAAAGCUUCACUCAGUACUCGUCCCUUAUCAGACAUCAGAGGAUCCACACAGGAGAGAGACCGUACGAAUGCUGUGAGUGUGGGAAAAGCUUCACUGCCCGAUCAGAUCUUAAUAAACAUCAGAGGAUCCACACAGGAGAGCGCCCCUAUGAAUGCUGUGAGUGUGGGAAAAAGUUCACUUGGAGCUCAGCGCUUACUAAUCAUCAGAGAAUCCAUACUGGAGAGCGACCUUAUGAAUGCUGUGAGUGCGGGAAAACAUUCCUUCAGAGCUCAGGCCUUAUUAAUCAUCAGAGGAUCCACACAGGAGAGCACCUGUAUGAAUGCUGUGAGUGUGGGAAACAGUUUGGUAAGAAAUCAAAACUUAUUAAACAUCAGACAAGCCACACAAGAGUGACACCCUAUGAAUGCUGUGAGUGCAGGAAAAGCUUCACUCGGAGCUCAUCCCUUAUUAGGCAUCAGAGGAUCCACACGGGAGAGAGACCAUACGAAUGCCGUGAGUGUGGGAAACGCUUCACGGUCAAAUCAGACCUUAGUAAACAUCAGAGGAUCCACACAGGAGAGCGCCCGUAUGAAUGCUGUGAGUGCGGGAAACGGUUCACUUGGAGCUCAGCGCUUAUUAAUCAUCAGAAAAUCCACACAGGAGAGCGACCCUACGAAUGCUGUGAGUGCGGGAAAAGUUUCAUCCGAAGCUCACACCUUCACAGACAUCAGAGGCUUCACAAGGGAGAGACACAGCAUAAAAACUCUGUGUAGGGCAGAAAAAAUACAUUUUUAAAAAGAUAUUUGCUAAUUCUUACAUAGUGGCCUUUUAGGGCUGUUUGCACCCUUUGCAUCACCGUGUUCUCUCAGCUCGUUCAGGUGAGUUGCCCGCUUUCCUUUCGCAGGUCUGGGGUGAAUCCCAUGGUCCUUUCUACUAAUUCUUUCCUCCUGUGAGUCGUGGGAGUGUGUCCCUCCCGCCAGGAAUGUCCAUCAGCCCUAGCUGGGGGAAAUAGGGGUGACCUCAAUUAGCUACACUGAGCAAAAACCGGCCUUGACUUUGUCUCCUCUAGGAUGGAAACAUGGAGUUGGCCGCUCAAGGUAGUGAUCCUAAUGUAAACACACAGAUAGCUUUGCAGUGGUGACACAGCCCAGGUACAGUGGUUGGGGUUACCUAGCACCUUCCCCUUUGACCUGUUCUAAUCAACACCAAUAUUCAUAGUCUAAACAAGCCCUGAGGCUCGCAUUCAAACUGUCACCCUACUGGCAGAGCGGUUGUUAGUCACCAAGUUCCCCGCUUUGUCUCAUUCCCAGUUGUUCUCACGCUGGUCCAGGUUGUGCUGGACAGCAGGUUUUGUGUGUGUGGGGGGGGGGGUUCCACUAUUUUUCAUAUUGAAAUAUAUUUCAAUAUAACAAAGAGGAGGAGCAGCAGUGGGACAAAUGUAUCUUUCGGCCUUUGUGACAAAGGAAGGAAAUGGGCUGAGUCGGAUGGAUUCCCUCCUUCUCCAUGACAGUCACUAUACCUGUUCCCUCCAGCAGCGCUGGUGUCUGUGUGAGAGCCACAAUGGAGGUUUUCCUCCCUUUAUUCUACCUCCCAAAGAAUCUCUGCAAUUUGAUCCUAAAUCCGACUCAUUAGGGCUAGAGAUGCAAGUGUCACAGACCUGGAUGGGGAAUUCCAGUGGAUACAAAACACAGAGUGAUCAUUCUGUGCUUUUAUCUCUGUUUCCAUCUGUUGGCAAAGCCACGUCUGGACAUUUUCCUGCUGAUCUGGGAUUGUUAGCAGAUGAGAAGGGUGGCAGUUUUCCUCCAUUACAAUGUUGCUAAUUAUUUUUGUAAAUAACACGACUCCAUAAUAAUGAAGUGCUGUUGAAUGAAGCAGGUUUGAAUGGAUCAGAGGAGAAAAUGAUGGGGGAAUUUGCUCUCCUGAUUAUUUUUGAGUAAUCAGAGGUAAUCCACCCUGGAAUUUCAUUUUGUAUGAAAGAGAAAGUGACUUAUACUGCUCCGUGUUGUGGCUUUUUCUCUCUCUCCUGAAGGCCAUUUCGUCACAUUGAAUAUUAGUUCUCUGGGAUGUAGCUUGGAUUUAUCAAGGACUUUAGGACAAAUGAUUGUUUGCUAAAAGAAUCCUUCCUUAUUUUAGCUGUGUCUUUCCCCCACUGCUGCAUGAUGACAUGAAAAAAGCCCAAGUGCAGUUCACUCAUCAGGAGAGGAUGCUCCAAACCAUUGGGCAUGCUGCCAAGGAAACAGUAAUGAGUUUAGGGCUCCACUCUGAAAUGGUGAACAACAGCACACCCCAAAUUGUGCAAGUAACUGAAGUAACUGGAUGCAUGUGUCCUCCUAUGAUUUGGGAAACGCUGUCCCUGUCUGUGUUGAUUUGGAAAAAAUAGACGUUCAUUUCUGGUGAACUUGCCCAUGAGAGAUGCUGCAGAUGUGCACUACUGUGAACUCAGUGUUGAAUGUGAUAUAGCUGCAGAAUAUCUAUUUUUAAUAUACUCUGCUCCUUUGGUGACUUGCAGGGAUUCUGAUGCAGGAGUGUUUCUAGUCCCGAACUUGGACCUGUGCCACCAAAUUGGGUGUGUUUGGGGAAGCCAUUCCUCACUAACACUGCUCACAUUUUGGGGGGUUUUGUAAAGGAUUCAAUUCCAGAGAAGUGUAAAUGUACCCUGACCAUGGUCAAGGAUUUGGCAAGAACUCAGUUUGAUAUAGAAGGCACCCAGAACUUGAUUUUUGCCCUAAAGAAGGAAGCUGUGGUGAACUACAGUCCAGGUAAAACUCUUUGUUUUUUAACACUGCUCCUUAGUUCAGUGUCUCAGGUUACACUCCCAAAGGAUGCCCUGGCUCGACUGGAAGGUCCUUCACGAUUUGGAUCCAAAGUUCCGUGAAGCAAAGUGAGAAACAGUUGAUGCCUUCAGAGGACAUUCCUUCACCAGCCUGGUUGGGAAACAAGGCGUUUCAUGCUGUUGAAAUGGUGGUAACUGAUGAGGGAAUGAAUGUGUCAGGUUCCAAUUUCAGACUGCUGGAUACACAAAUGCUGAGUCCUGAUUCUAGGCUUUCGUCUCGUCAUUUUGCUCUUGUGUCUUAUGCAGUUGUGCCACUUGGCCUCAACUUUCUGCUUCUUUGAAAGAGUGGAAGGUGUGACUAUAGAGUUGAGGUCCUUUUUCUCAUGAUGCAAACCUUCCCACAUAACAUGAGACCCCUUCCACCAACACUUGUGUCCAAAUCCCCAGAGAUAAAUGAACGCUCAGAUGAGGAAAGCUCCUGUGCUGGUGUAGAUCACGUUUACACUGUGCUCACUUGGUGGAAAUGGGGAUUAAAAGGAAACUAACAUGUAUGAUAAAAUUUUACACUCUUUGAAUAUGUUCUUGUAACCAGUGAAAAUGAAAUUACCAGUGAAGUUAAUUUCAGAUUAAAGCCUAACUUAGUGAUAACCUGAAUUAUACUGGCACACUGUGACUUGCAUCGGUUUGCUUUUUGCUAGUAAUAUACAAAGUGGUGGCUAAUCUUAAAAAGUUUAUUUGAUGUAAAAUCCCCAAUGUGGACUGAGGCGUUCUGAAGUACAUCAUCACUCCAAGGCUGAGGUGGUGGAAUGUGUGAGGAAACUAGUGUAUAGGAGAACACAGAACCAGACUUCAGUUGUUUCUAUUUCAAAUGGAAUAUGUUUUGACAAGCUUUAAAGUAAAAUUAUGUAAGGAGACAAGUUGUGAAACCUUUUACCAAAUUAGACUGUACGGGUCACUCAGUUCCCCUCUUCUCUGCAAAGCAAAGAUGUAUAAUGUCUGUCAUGAGAUGUCCCUGGUUCUUUUUAAGAAUGGCAAUGGAUGCAUGAUGCAAUAGGUUGUUUUUCUGUUGUUUUGUUUUUGCCGCCUGUUAUUUUUAUGGGAGCUGAGACCCCUUUUCCUGUUUUGAGGAAGCCAGCUGUUAUGGCUCAGCCUUUUAAUCCUCAAGCCAGGCUAUGGAAAUCUCCUUCAAACUGUCCUUGGUAUUUUCAUUUUUGAGAUCUUUGGGGUUCAAAUCUCUACCUUGCACGUGGUUCACAACAACCGAUAUUUUAAGAAAACUGCUGAGUUAAGUGGGACUCUUCCAAACUGAUGAUAGCUCAAAUUCUGCCUCACUUGAAAUGGAUCUGGCCACGUUGUCUGUAACCAAAGCGUCCUUUACUCCUCAUUUGCCUGGAGACUUCAGGGGAGUGACUAAAGUGGGGUGAGCUGCAAUCAACCAAAAAGACCAAAGUAAAGGUGGAAGCACUAUUGUACCAGCAACCUGUCUAAGAAAGAUGGACAUGCCAGGACCCCGAAACUGAUCCCUUCUGGGGAAGGAAGUCUUAACAUCAACACCAGGCUGUGCCAGCCUUGACCUGUCUUCUCCUACCUGAGAGAGCCUGUGACCCCAUCACCUGAGUCCUUGACUGCAGCUCUAGCUCCUACUCUGAGUCCAGAGUUAGAUUCAGUUGUCCAUUUCAGUGUCGUCUUGUUUUUUCUAUAUUUCCAUACUUGUUUUUAUUAACUGGGAGAUGUCCCAGCCUUUCUAUUCUACUGUGGUGGUAGAGUGGGGCUCAGCGUGUGCAUGUGUGUAUGAAACCUGUCACAUCCACGCAAGGAAGGAGCUACAAAUAUAAUUCCCUAAUCUAAAUAAGCCUAAAAUUCUGCCCUACAAAAUGAUUGAACAUGUGCUUCUUGUUCUGUGAAAGUGUUCUAAGAACCUAAGCUGUUGGAUAUAUACUGUUAAAUACCAGUGUAUUAAGGUCUGAAUCUGUAUCUGUACUAAGUGUUUAUCUGUGGAAAGCCGCUGGGAGAAGGUUAGCCACAUACUGGUGAAAUCUAAGGCAGAAGCCCUGAAGUUGUGGCUUAAAUGUGAACAAUAAACUGGUGUU